AUUACAAACGUAGAAAUAUCUAUCAACAAUGAGCGGAAGAGGCAAAACCGGCGGUAAAGCGAGAGCGAAGGCCAAGACUCGCUCCUCCAGAGCAGGGCUGCAGUUCCCCGUCGGUCGUGUUCACAGACUUCUCCGCAAAGGGAACUACGCCGAGCGCGUCGGUGCCGGAGCUCCCGUCUAUCUGGCGGCUGUGCUCGAGUAUCUGACCGCUGAGAUCCUGGAGUUGGCUGGAAACGCCGCGAGAGACAACAAGAAGACCCGCAUCAUUCCCCGUCACCUGCAGCUGGCGGUGCGCAAUGAUGAGGAGCUCAACAAACUCCUGGGUCGAGUGACCAUCGCUCAGGGCGGCGUGCUGCCCAACAUCCAGGCCGUGCUGCUGCCCAAGAAGAGCGAGAAACCCGCCAAAGCCAAGUAAACCGAGUCCGAUCCGU